AAUCCCCGCCAUCAUUUUGGAGGGUGGUCCAAAUAAUUAGCAAAGCAAGGGAAGCUUGCAUUAUAAGCCCUUCCGUCCUCGUUUUUAGUCGAGUUUGCGAGUGUACAAUUAUGUUCACUUCGAGGCCUGAAACUCCCCAUAAUUACAUGUACAUCCAUUAAGAAAAGUCUGCCAAAAAUUAAAACCUCAACAUCAAUACAUGGAGUCAACAUACAAGUCGUGGCUGCUGGAUGCGCAUCGUGAAGUCAACAUGUCUUCAGAUGAUAAUAAUGGCCAGAGCCAAGCACCUUCUUUUGCUGGGGUCCCACCCUCAGGGAUGCCACCGCCUUUUAUGGGACCACCAGGAAUGCCGCCUCAUUAUCCACCAAUGGGAAUGCCACCCAUGGGACAGAGGCCUCCCAACAUGGCUCCAAUGCCACCUGGUAUGAUGCCACCUGGCAUGAUGCCACCAAUGGGAGGGCCACCCAUGGGACAGAUGCCAGGCAUGAUGCCACCUAUGAUGCCCGGGAUGAUGAUGCCACCUCGCAUGCCAGCUGCGACGAUGCAGCCAACAGGACCGCCUGGAGUGGACACAACUGUCAUCGCUAUGCCUGGAACAGUUGGUACCACAAAUGGCUCGCCACAGGAUGACCAACCAAAGAAUAAGUCUGUGUGGACAGAACAUAAGUCCCUGGAUGAGAAGACCUACUACUACAACACAGAGACCAAGCAGUCUUCCUGGGAAAAGCCAGACGACCUGAAAUCUCCUGCAGAACAAAUGCUGUCUAAAUGCCAAUGGAAGGAGUACAAAUCAGACAAUGGGAAGGCGUACUACUACAACUCCCACACUAAGGAGUCCCGGUGGACCAAACCCAAAGAGCUUGAAGAUCUGGAAGCCAUGAUAAAAGCUGAGGAGAAUGGGAUGGCGGAGGUAGGUGCUCCUGGCACUGUCAUCAUCACCCCCAACCUUCAGCUCGACAGCGCUGCUUCGAUGGCGACCAUGAUGAUGGAAAUGCCGGCCAUGAGGCCAGCUCCAACCGUCUCAGUGGAACAGAUGUCCCUGGUGCCCAUGCUUGUAGCUGAGGUCAACACUGACUCGCCUGUCAACUCCACAGAGGACUUGGCCGGCAUGGAGGCCUCAGCCAGUAAUGACGCCUCAAAAGAGGAGAGGCCAGAGCUGGUGAAGAAAACGUACAAGUGGAACACGAAAGAAGAGGCCAAGCAGGCCUUCAAAGAGCUCCUGAAGGAGAAGGGCGUUUCAUCCAAUGCGUCUUGGGAACAAGCCAUGAAAAUGAUCAUCAAUGACCCACGCUACAGUGCUCUGCCGAAGUUAAGUGAGAAAAAGCAGGCCUUCAAUGCUUACAAGGUGCAGACGGAGAAAGAGGAGAAGGAGGAGACUAGGAUCAAGUACAAGGAAUCCAAGGAAACGUAUCAGCGAUUUUUGGAAAACCACGAGAAAAUGACAUCUACAACCAGAUAUAAGAAAGCAGAGCAGAUGUUUGCGGAGCUCGAUGUGUGGAGCACCGUCCCAGAGAGGGACAGACUGGAGAUCUAUGAAGACGUCCUGUUCUACCUAGCCAAGAAGGAGAAGGAGCAAGCCAAGCAGCUGAGGAAGAGGAACUGGGAGGCUCUGAAGAACAUCCUGGACAACAUGGCCAACGUGACGUACCGCACCACCUGGUCCGAGGCCCAGCAGUACCUGCUGGACAACCCCACCUUCGCAGAGGACGAGGAGCUCCAGAACAUGGACAAAGAGGAUGCUCUGAUCUGCUUCGAGGAGCACAUCCGAGCUCUGGAGAAGGAGGAGGACGACGAGAAGCAGAAGACACUGCUGAGGGAGAGGAGGAGACAGCGCAAGAACAGAGAGUCCUUCCAGAAAUUCCUGGACGAGCUCCAUGACAACGGUCAGCUCCACUCCAUGUCUGCGUGGAUGGAGAUGUACCCCACCGUCAGCUCAGACAUCCGCUUCGCCAACAUGCUGGGCCAGCCAGUUUAUGGUGUCUAUUCCGCAGGCUCCACUCCCCUCGAUCUGUUCAAGUUCUACGUGGAAGACCUGAAGGCUCGCUACCACGACGAGAAGCGGAUCAUUAAGGAUAUCCUGAAGGACAAAAACUUCUUGGUCGAGGUAAACACUAGCUUUGAAGACUUUGGCACUGUGAUCAGCUCAGACAAGAGAGCCACAACGCUGGACGCAGGCAACAUCAAGCUAGCCUUCAACAGCUUGCUGGAGAAGGCGGAGGCGCGGGAGAGGGAGCGGGAGAAGGAGGAGGCCAGGAAGAUGAAGAGGAAAGAGGCUACCUUCAAGAGCAUGUUGAAGCAGGCUACCCCAGCCCUGGAACCAGAGGCCACCUGGGAAGAAGUCCGAGAAAGAUUCCUCAAAGAAUCUGCAUUCGAAGACGUGACUCUGGAGUCUGAGAGGAAAAGGAUAUUCAAAGACUUCAUGCAUGUCUUGGAGCACGAGUGCCAGCAUCAUCACUCCAAGACCAAGAAACACUCAAAGAAGUCCAAGAAGCACCACAGGAAGCGCUCUCGCUCUCGAUCGGGCUCAGAGUCUGAAGGUGAAGACGAUUAUCACACCAAGAAGAAGAAGCGCUCACAGUCCAAGUCCCCGUCCGAGCGCUCCUCCAGUGGGGAAUCUGAUAGAAGUUAUAAGAAGUCCAAGAAGCACAAGAAGAAGGGGAAGAAGAGGCGUCACAAGUCGCAAUCUCCUGAAUCAGAAGGCGAGCGGAAAGAGAAGGGAGGAAGAGAGAGGGACAGCAAGCGGGAGAAGGACCAGGAAAAAGAGAAAGAGAACGACAAGUCCCGAGGGAAGAGUCGCUCUGAAUCCAAGCAGAAGUCACCUAAAAGGAAAUCUACCAAGGAGGAGGGUGGCUGGGACACUUCAGGCAGCGAGCUGAGUGAAGGAGAGCUGGAGAAGAGGAGGAGGACUCUACUGGAACAGCUGGAUGCUCCUUGAUCCUGGUUUUCCUCAUGCUUCCUUUCAUCCACCAUAGAUUCCCCCCGGUGCUUAUUUUUCAGCGUAAUGCCACACAUGCUUGGACUUAAGGUUAUACAAUUCCGGUAACUUUCCCAAACUUCACAGGUUUUCCCAGAAAUCCCAGUUAGAAGAUUUGGUUAAUUCCUGGCAAUUUUUGUCUAAGUUACCAGAAUGUUUUCAACCCUUUUUGGACUGUGUGUGAACUAUUCCCCUUGUGUUUUGUAUAAUGGGAAUGAACCCGCCACCCUGGCACUAGAAUGCUUGGUAAAUAUUUGCUCUGUUUUCUUACGUUAUUGGAAGUGGUCACAGGCUGAGUUGAGUGACUACUUUGAUAUCAGGUCAACUGUGUGGACAUUUAGUGACACUUCAGAAAUGUGUUGCCUUUUUUAUAAUGUUUUCUCGCUAGCUAUUUUAUUUGUUUUGUAGUUGUUUGAUAUCGAAAUGGAUUCAAAGAGCAUCUUAAUGCCAUGCUCUUAAAUGUGACUGCCUUGCAGUUCUCAGUACAAUUCUUAUCCGAGUCACAAAUGGCACUGUAUUUAUUCCCUUUAUAGUGCACUACUUUUGACUAGGGCCCUCAAAGUAAAAAAAAAAAAAGUUUAGUUUAGGAAAUCUGACAAAAUAUCCAGCAAAUAAAAAGAGAUGUGAUUGUCUCAGUGUAAUCAAGGUUUGAAAUGAUUUUCAAAUACAAUAAAUACACUUUUGUGCUUACUUGUGCUCAAUUUGCAGUGGACAAAUUUUUAUGAUUUUCCGGACCUCCGACCAUCCGCUCCGACAAAAAAUCGCACAGCAGCUGAAUCUCGUUGCAUACCGCUGCUUUGGACUGAUGUAGAACUCUUUGGCAAAGGUCCACGUCUAGACUGAAGUAAAUGUCUCUCUGAAACAAGACUCUUUAAAAUACAUUUUUUAUGGUAUUUUUAGGAUUGGUUCGCUAGAUUUUCACGAGAGGAAUUGUGAAAGUCCUCGUUGCAUGAUCUAUAAAUGUAAUAAAAUACAGUUGACAUGAAUUUGUUUGUCUUCAUGUACCAUCACCAGCAGCCACCAUAGAUCGAAGCUCAUUAUUUUCUUUACAUAUGAGUGCCUCUUGUUCACUAGGCUUAGUAGCCUUGUAUCCAUUUCCUGUGGAUCAUUGCAAUGCUAGGCAGGCUGAAGGUAAUAAUUGCUACUGUAAGAGUGAGUGCCCGAGACAACGUGGCUCAGGACAAUCUCGAUUAAGCUCCAAUAACAUCACCAGGACUGUGGCACGGUGGCCAAAGACCGCCAGAAGUGGCAAAUCCAAACCUUUGUUGCUGCCCGAUGCCCCAAGCCCGCCAGACGGGCAAGUAAUGAUUUCCACAGUUUACAUACACGGAGAUGACAAGACCGACUUCUCCUGUUGUUUUCAUAUCAAUGAGCAUGCAUAGAAAACCAGAGUGAAUCUGAACAGCUGUCUGCCAAAUGAAUGAUUUAAAGAACAAAAUUGAAAUAAAGAUGCACACGCAAUAAACACGCUAUAAUAGUGUAAAUAGUUUAAUAUUUGAUCAUGUCCAGAACUCGGUCUAUCUUUAACUAAAUGUUAUUUAAAAGUAUUUUGUAAUAAGCACACAAUGCCUAAAAUACAUUUCUGAAGAAAAAACAUAAACAUGCCACUAUUAUCCAGUCUAAUGAGUGAAGCUGAUGAGUGGUCAACAGUUCACAUAGGAAGUAUAGAGAUGAGUGGUUUGUUGCACAUGCUAAUGUGGACAAUUAUGGUCCCAAGACCACAGAAAGCUUCUCUGAACGUCAAUGGGUUAUGGCCCAAAUGACUCCCUAUAUAGGGCACUACUUUUGAUAUUUUUUUUUACCAAGGCCCAUAGGGUCAAAAAUAGUAACCUAGAUAGGGAAUAGAGUACCAUUUGGAACAUACAUUAAUAUAAUGCCUCUUUACUCAGGCGCAUUCUGCUUCACACAAUAGAUCCGUUGUGUUAAAGUGAACCCAGAUUUGUUUUUUUCCCCGGCUUAAUUAAAUAUACAAAAUGGACAAACCUAUAAGUUAAAAUAACAUUCAAAUUGUGUAUCACAGGGUGAUGCACAUUUUGUUUUAAACAAUAUGUACAAUAGUUACCUUAUAGUAAUGAGUGGAUUAAGAAGUAAAAAACAAUGCAACAAUUUUUGUAGCAAAAUAUCUGUACAUUUACAAAACUUUUUUGUUGUGUAUUUUGUUUGUUCUGAUUUUUUUUUAAAUAUAACUAGCUAAACACUUUUAAAAAAUGACUGUUGCUCACGUCAAAGUGGGUCACAUGAGCAAAACUGAAUGGAUACCGUUUACAGUGGUUAAAUACUAUACAUUAAAUGUACAAUAAGUGAGUGGACAGUUGCCUAGAGAUUCAUUAGCCGAUUGCAGGUUUUCAGAGUAAAAAAAGAAACUUGGAAUCCAGUUUCCAUGACAAGCUCCUCAAGUAGCCUAAAGUACCUUCCUUGUAGCCACUACACUUGACUGGAAGUGUAUCUGCUGAUAAGUCUUUGUUUUAGCACCUUUCCUAUUCGCUCUGAGUCAAUUGUGGCUCUAGCUCUGGUCUGGGAUGUCGUUUGGGUGUGCUCUCGCGGUCCUUCGACCGAACGACUCCCUGGACCAGAGCUAUUGUGGCUCAAGAGCCCCACCAUCCACUUAACAG